UGCUCACAAUAAGGUUUGUUCCAACAGUUUACGCUGCUAUGCUUCCUGUUCAGUGUGAAUAUUUUGCUCACGUGUGUUGCGGGUUGUGUUUUCGUGGCUGGUCCUCUGGCAGCACAAGCCCAAAGGCAACUCAGCGGGUUUAGCACUAGAACCCACCUGCCCUUCAGCAAGCGUUUGGGCCAUUUCUGCGUGCUCUCCUGCGGCGUAUUGUGAGAGAGCAGUUUGAAAGUCCUGGGGGAGCGUGUGCGGAUUUUAUACAACUCUUUGCUGUACACUUACACCGAAGCUCUAUAGUCACGCAGAGCUGUGCCGGGAAGAAAUCAGCCUCAAACCAACAAAAUGUGGUUAUUUCCUGUUGAGGUUUGCUGAUGACAUCCAGAAGGAUGUGAUACGCAUGAGUGCAUGCCUUCCACCUACAGAAUUAAAGAAGGGUUGAGAUUUGUUUGGACAGAUUUAAGUGGAAUUAGUGUAAAAAGAGUCCGUUUGGGUAAUCAGUAUCUUGGGAAUGUCACGAUCUUCAGGCGGGAUUUGUGAGAUCUGCAAGUCUGUGGUGUCCCAUCGCUCGUGACAUCCGUUUUAGUGCGGGAGCUGUGUGGGUGUCCUGCCUUGUGCCAGCAGAGGCCAUAGUCACUGCGGCUGCUGAGUAACCAGUAACCCUGGGAUUAUUUUCACUUCCUCAAGCCGAGGCUUUCUAGGAGAGAUGAAUUUUUGUCAGACUGCUAUACAAGGAAUGGAUUAGGUCACUGGGACAGUUCUAGAGGAAGCUGGAGGGACAAAACCAGGGUGCGGGAGAGCUGAGGGAGGCUGAAGAGACUAAGUUAAGGAAAGGAUGGAGAAGGGCGGGAGAGGAAGAGAUGAGAAGUGAAACAGUAAAGUCAAAGAGGAAGAACAGUGCCAGGAGGGCUGGUCCUUGAAACUGCUGCAUGCUGGGAAAAGCCUCUGGCUGGAAAGUGCCAGCCUGGGCUUGGGCUCAUCCAGAAAUGUUUGUCACACGGAGCUGAUCACAGAACGCCUCCUCUUUCCAACUGCAGCUGCAGUCCUGCUUCAGGCAAGACGCGGAGGAACUGGUGUGGGGACAGGGACGCUGAGGCAUGAGAUGACCUGGAGGCAGAACUCCCUUGGACCUGGGGAUCAGACGGUGCUCGUGGUUCCCUCUGCGCUGCUUCCAGCCGCUGGCUAACAGGACAGCUCGUGCCACUGAAGUAAGUCAGACACGUUUCCCGAACUGCUACUAACGUGUGCCUUUUGGAAGGAAGUUGUAUGCCUCACGCUAUGGAAGGAUCCAAAUUCUGAUGUGAAAUGAAUGCAGACUUCCACAAACUCCUUUUUGACAUUUCUGAGGCUUUGGUCGCAGAUGAACUGGAGGCUCUCAAGUUCCUCAGCCUAGACUACAUUCCUAGGAGGAGGCUGGAAGCCAUUCGGGAGCCCAAGGCCUUUUUCGAGGUGCUGCAGGAGAAGGGGAUGCUGGAGGCGGAGAACCUCUCCUUCCUCAGGGAGCUGCUCUACCGCAUCCACCGCAUGGACCUGCUGGCCCGGCUGGGCUGCAGCCGCGAGGAGAUGGACAGAGAGCUCCGCAUCCCGGACAGGGCACAGGUGUCGGCCCACAGGCUACUGCUGUAUGGAAUUGCAGAGGACUUGACUGCAGACGAUGUUGCGUCCGUGAAGUUCCUGCUCCAAGAACAAAUACCAAAGAACAAGCUCCAGGAGAAUGCUUCCUUGUUGAAGGUCUUAUUGGAAAUGGAAAAAAAAAGGAUAAUUAAAGAAGAUGACCUGGCAACGCUGAAAGAUAUAUUAAAGAAAGUUAGACCUGAUGUAAAGAAGAAAAUUGAUGCCUACGAAGAAAGAAAACAAGAAGACAAUUCUAAGGAAAAACUCCACCAUCCAGUGCCUGUGCAUGCAGCAGAACAAGGAGCAGAGCAGCAGACAGCACAACCGCUUGUGGAGUCAUAUAAGAUGAAAAAUAACCCCCAUGGUUACUGUGUGAUUCUUAACAACUACAAAUUUAGAAAUCUGUCUCAACCCAGAGAAGGAACACGGAAAGAUGGAGAGGCUCUAAAGGAGGUCUUUACAUGGCUUCAGUUUGAGACAGUUGAGCACAUGGAUCUAGGAGCAGAACAAAUACGUGCAAAAGUUGAAGAAUACAGUAAAAAAGACCAUAGUAACAUGGACUGUUUUGUUUGCUUCAUUUUGUCCCAUGGUGAAAAAGACAAAGUAAAAGGCGUUGAUGAUGAACUUGUAAAUAUUAAAGAUUUACUCUCCUGCUUCAGUGGAUCCAAUUGUCCUUCUCUCGUUGGCAAACCCAAGCUGUUUUUCAUCCAGGCUUGCCAAGGCUCUGUCGGUCAUCCGCCUGUCACAGUGAGAGAAGAUUUUUCUGAACAUCUUCAGACAGAUGCUGUCCCUCCAACUUCCAUCCCCGAUCAGGCCGAUAUUCUGGUUGGCAUGGCUACAGUGGAAGACUACGAGUGCUACCGCGACGUAACCACGGGCAGUGUUUACAUUCAGUGCCUCUGUGAAAAGAUGAAGUUGCUUUGCCCACUCCGCAAGGAUCUCGUAACCAUCCUGACAGAAGUGAACAAGGAAGUGGGCAGCAGAGUAUUUGAAGGACGGAAGCAGAUGCCAAAGAUAACAUCAACCCUACGAAAGCAAUUGAUCUUCCAAAUUCCAUAAUGUCCAUCAACUGAAAAGUAGAAGAAUAAGGAUACACUCAGUUUAGAAUCACAUCUGGAAUUGGGCUUUCACAGGGAAGAGAAUUUGCAAAAGAAAUGAUCUGGAUCAGUGUAGUUUCCUCCAGUCCUUCAAGGGGCCAUGGGACCUCAAUUUUCCAGUUCUCCUGUUUAAUGGAUCUCCUGGCCUGUAGCAGUGUGGGGAGGCCGUGGGGACGGAGCUGGUUUGCUGUCCUGCACAAGGAGAGGAGUCUUUCAGCCUGGGUUUCCAGUGAGGACGCACUUCCAAGUAUAAUGACGUUUAAGAGUUAUUGGAAAUGCCAAUGGAAGUUCUAUUUCUGAGUUAAGUCCCUGAAAUCUGAAGAAAAGAAUGGAUAGAUUCCAAAUGCUAGAUCCCUUCCCAGGGAGCACAUGUAAGAUUGUAACUGAUUUACCCAGAGGUGAAUCGUUGUCUGUCUCUGGGAGCUGUGUAAUUUUUCAUGGAAAAUAAUAUUGCUGUCCAGAAGAACCAAACCAAGAUGAUUAUGAUAAUCCAUUUGGUUCUUUUCCUCAAAAUAUUUGGCUUGCUGUUUGCCAUUAGUUUACUUGGCCAAACAGCAGUGCUGUUUAGGUUUUUCAGUAGUAAGGGUUCUAAUUGUGUUUUUCCUCAGAGCUUUCAGGGGACGGUGUGUUUGGAAUGGUUGUCGAUGGCUGGAAGGUCCCACUCUGUUAGAUCCACUGCUCUGAGGUGCCUUCUCCCCCUGGCAGCUGCUCUGGCUCCUGUAGACUCUUGUUUCUUUUGUAAUAAAUAACUCUUGCUUUUCACAUCA